CGGCCGCCCGGGACAGCGGCGCGGCUGGCGGGGGCGCAGAGGCUCCGUCCGUCCGCCUCGCCUGCUCUGCUCCCGGCGAGCCCGCUCGCUCCGGAGGCCAUCGGGGCCGGCCCCGGCCACCGCCCGCCCCGGGGCCAGAGGGGCGGACAAUGAACCCCGCGGCCGCGGCCCCGCCGCCGGGGCAGCAGGUAAUCCACGUCACGCAGGACCUGGACACGGAGUUGGAGGCGCUCUUCAACGCGGUGAUGAACCCCAGGCCCAGCUCCUGGCGGAAGAAGAUCCUGCCCGAGUCCUUCUUCAGGGAACCCGACUCGGGCUCGCACUCGAGGCAGUCGAGCACGGAUUCGGGCGGGCCCGCGCCGCGCCUGCCGCCCGUGCACGGCCGCUCGCACUCCUCGCCAGCCUCGCUGCCCGGCGCGGCCGCGGCGCCGCAGCACGGCCACCUCCGGCAGCGCUCCUGCGAUGGCACGAUGGACGAGCGGCCGCUGCCGCCGGGCUGGGAGAUGGCGCUCACGCAGACCGGGCAGCGCUACUUCCUCAAUCACAUAGAAAAAAUUACAACAUGGCAAGAUCCUCGAAAGCCUGUGAGCCAGCCGCUGAGUCAUGUCAGCCACCAUCCUGCCACCACGUCCACACCGGUGCCACAGAGGUCCAUGACAAUGUCUCAGCCAAAUCUCAUGCUGAGUGCCCAGCCACAGCUGCCCCCCAGCCCGGCCGUGCCGCAGCAGAGCCGCCCCCCGCAGCCCCCCGCGCUGCUCAGCCUGCCCGGCGCGCUCACCUCGCAGCAGCAGCAGCAGCACAAGCUCCGGCUCCAGAGAAUCCAGAUGGAGAGGGAGCGAAUUCGGAUGCGUCAGGAGGAGUUACUACGACAGGAAGCUGCUCUAUGCAGACAACUUCCUAUGGACUCAGAAAACAUGGUCUCAGUUCACACAGCUGUGACACAGGACAUGAGGCCUAUUACAAAUAAUGGAUCUGAUCCUUUCUUGAACAGUGGGCCAUACCACUCCAGGGAACAGAGUACAGACAGUGGCUUGGGCUUAGGAUGCUACAGUAUACCAACAACACCUGAAGAUUUCCUCAGCAACGUAGAUGAGAUGGAUACAGGAGAAACUAUAGCACAGACAACAUUGAACAUAAAUCCACAACAAACACGCUUCCCUGAUUUCCUCGACUGUCUUCCAGGAACAAAUGUUGAUCUUGGGACUCUAGAGUCAGAAGACUUGAUCCCUAUUCUCAACGACGUGGAGUCAGUGCUUAACAAAAAUGAGCCCUUCCUUACCUGGCUGUAGCCAAGCAAUGCUUACCUGGUGCAAUUCAGUGCAAUUCAGAUUUCUUUUUUCUCUUGAGGUAGGCAUAGAUAAUCUGAAUAUCCUCAAGAGAUACAACAAUACCACCUUAUUGACUUUUGUUACAUCAUCUUUAUGGUCAGUUUAAUAUCUGUCUGGAUUUUAUUGAUACUAAUUUAAGCAUAAAAUGCAUUUUAUAUAUAUAUAUAUAUAUAUAAAAUACAUACAUAGAUAUAUAAUUCAUUAAAAAAGCCCACACAACUUUACACAUCUGUGUACUUUUUUACCUUUUCAAACCAGGCAGAAACACUUCACUUUUAGGACAGAAAGAGACUGAUAUUUGUGCACAUCCCUGACUGAUCUCCUGGGCAAUGGUUGACAUUACAGACCCUUCCUAGGUCACUUGGUUCAAAAACAGUGCAAAGCAUCAGAACAUGAGAGAAGUUUUAUUAUUAUCUUUAUAACAAUAGUAUCAGAAGCUUUUUUAAAAUCAACUUACUUAAGCCUUAAAAAUAUUUUUUAGUUCUUAGUAACUAACUGUUCUGUAUAGAAUACAGUUCAAAUCUGAUCCAUAUCAAGCAUAAUUCCCAUUAUAUAUUUGUGAAGGCACAAAUAAUACUAUAGCAGAUUCUUUCUUCUUUUUUUUUCAGUAAAUUACUGUAUAGUUUUCAGAAAAUAAUUACUUCCAAUCUCAAAGUACCAAAAUUUUUUAGCAACAUUUUUACACUACAAUAUUGUUACAAAAUAAACCAGGCUGGUACUGACUGUUGCCUUUUAAAAGUAAAGAAAUGUAUUAUAAUCAAGCAUUUAAAAAAAAUCUUAGAUUUUUUUAGUUUAUUAUAUUAAGCACUACAGCUUUGUAAUUUAACACAGGAAUAAGCAAUUUUUUAUAUAUAUAAAAUCUGUGGCAAGUAUCUUAAGCGCAAAAAUAUUCUUUUAAAAUGAGUUCUAAAAAUCAAUUCUGGAAAAUGUGGCACAACUUUUUAAUGUCAUACAUAGUGGGGAGAAAAACAUAGGGGAGAAAAACCUUCCUUGUACUGUUUUCAGUGAUGUUUUUAACUGACAAUGUCAAAAUACAUGUAGUUGUAUACAUGAAAAAAAACAGGAACUUUAUCAGGGCACUGCUAAAGAAGAAUUCACCAGGGACUCACCUGAGCAGGGACUCACCUGGUGAAGCUGCUUAGUUUUUAUGUCUUUUACUUACCAUAACUGGUGCACAGGACAUGAGGUAUGUGCUGUGUGUUUUUACCUGUUGUGUAUCCUACAAAACUUCCUUAUCAGAGGUUUGGGACUGAGAAAACAUCAAGAACAUUAAGCCUGAAAUUCUCCUGAAAUGCAAGUUAAGUCCUGAAUAUUCUUAAAUGUUUUGAAAUCAUCUUAUUUAUAAUUAAUGGAUUUAAGCAUUUUGUAUUGCAAAAUAGGUAAUUUUAUGAAAGGCAUUAUAACUUUUCUCUGAGUUUAAUCCAGGCUAUGUAAAGAGAUGUAGCACUAAGUGUAAAUGUGUGUGCCAGGUCUGAUAACACUUAACAAGAUCUUAAUGAUGCAUCAGAAUAUUGACCCCUAAAGACAUUUUCACAUCUGGUUGGGUGAGGGUAGGUGAAAAGGUCAGUGGUGAAGUGGUGGGAACACAGAGCAGAUUUGGAAGACAAAUGAUGAGGUAAUAAAUGUAGAUCCUUGCUGGGAAGGAUGGCUGCAGACAGUACAUAGCAAAUGAAUCUCUGGUAUUCAGUGAAAAACAUAACAGAAGCACUCGAUACAGUAAAUGAACUGCUAAGGGUACAUGGUGUCACAGGAUGGAAAAUAAAAAGAGCACACACUGAAAUUCUGAAAAAGGAGAUAUCAGGCAAAGACCUACAGUUAUGAUAACUAUAGUAGAAGGCAGCUUUUAAAAAAUGCUUUUGUUUUGUUUUUUUUUUUAAUAGAAAAAGAGAUGGAACAGCAGAGUUGUGUCUGCACAGAAUUUAAUCGCUGAAUGGGCAUUGUGUUUCUUUUAUUCUUUUGAGGAGUUAUUAGUUUGGGUUUUUUUUAUUCUUGCCAGUUUUGCUAACUGUUAAGAUAGCAUAAAUUUCUUUUGAAUAAACAGGGGACUGGGUAGGGCUGACCAGUAUUACUGUAAUUAGUUUUAAUCUCUCUCUUUUAAAGAUUUCUUCAGAUUGUCAGCCUAAAUGAAGAACAGAUGGUCCUAAGGCUUUGUUCUUUAGUUCCAUGACUGAUGUUGGUAAUGAAUUGGAGAUUUUCUGGCCAACUUUCAAGGCCACGUCACUAGCAGUGCUCAGUUGGCGUAAGGAGCUGGCAGCCAGUGGUGCUGGAGUGACCCACAGCAGCUGUGGAUCUGAGUGCUGGUGUGACCCAGGUGAUAGUGCCCAUGACAGGUUAUGUUUAGAGAAUGCACUUUGUUAAUUUGCUAGUAACUGCGCCACUGAACAUGUACAUUUGUCGUAACAGAAGAUACUCUGAGCAGGUCAGGCUCAGAGCAGCUCGCAGCUGUGUGAGAUAGCUGGUGCUGGUUCCUGCCCACCACGUGCAUUGUUGUCAGCCAAAGGCUGUUCUUCAUACAGGGAGAAUGAAUGCAACUUUAUAGUGAAAUCACAUCAGGUAUUUAUCAGAAUUGUGAAGCUGCAAGCUUGGUUUGUUUUUCAUUUGUGUUUCUGGUGGUUGAGUGUCUUGGUGCAAAGACCUUAAAAGGGUAAAGCAAUCAUAAACUGUGUUUCUGUGUUACUUCCAUUGUAAGCCAGCAGCAGAUGUAAAACAGAUCUGUUGCUGUGUGGAGCAACACUUCAGGUUGAAACAGCUGCCAGAAUCUUGGGUUAGAUCUUUACUCAGUCAUGAAACAAAUCCUGGUUAAAUUAAAAGUGAUUCUUUACACUGACAGCUUUUAACUUUUGUUACGGAGAUGAUGUAUCUGAUGAAGUGCAAUGACAAUAAAAUCUAUCUUUCAAAGUUACCUUUUUAAAAAAGUUUCUGGCUUUAAACAGGCUUAUGACAGACCUUUACAGUAUUCAGAGCAUAUGUAAUAUGAAAAUAAAUUUAUUGUUGACAAUACUUCACUGUACUAUUUCAGGUUUUGAGCAUUUAUGUACUAAACUGUACAUUGUCUACUUGUAGUAUAAAUACAACCCAUGUGCUAGCUGGACAAUUUUGUUGUGCCUAUCCCUGAGGAGGCAUAUAUAAGCCUUGAUGAUACAGAAGUAACGGGACAUGGUUAAUUACAGUUUGUAUUCUGGUAAUACUGGUAGAAUGUAACUUGGGGAGGUAUUGGGUUUGACUUUUUGUUAACAAAUGCUGUUUAGGGGAAGGGAAGGAUUUAAAUCUAUAUUUUAAUUACAGAAAAAUGUGGGUUGUCCAAAUAAACUUGUUUCCCAACGCA